UGCAGAAUGCCCGUGCGCAGCUGCAAGAGGUGGUGUCCGCUGGCCGCCGCUUGGGAUACAUCGCCACUGCACGGCUGCAGCGGGGUGACUUGGAGGGUGCCCAAAGUGCCCUGGAGCAAAUCAAUGCGAUGCCCAGCUUAGCCACCGCCGCGGGAGAUCUCUGGUCGUCCCCGGAGCGACGGCUGCGAUUUUGCGAGUCCUGCAACGUCUCGGGCUUCUUGGAGGUCUACGUUGCAACCUGCGCCUUCCAACGCUUCCUGCAGACCGGGCAGCUGCUACCCACUGUGCCGACUGCGUGGCGCACAGAGAUCGCGGAAUAUGACAACGAGUGUUACCUCAUGGGCCUCAUCGCAGCCCUUCGAGAGAUGGAGAGGUAUGGAGUGAACCGUGGCCAGGCCCUUGAUUUGCCUUCCGUGGAGAUUUGCCUUCGCCUGGGGCAGAGUUUGGAGGAGGUACUGAUGCAGUUCAACUUCCGCAACAGCGCCUUGAGACAACGUUUUGACGGUGUGAAGUAUUCGGUGAAGAGGUUAGAGUCUUUGAGCUACGAAAUCACAAUGGCCAGGCAGCGCGCUGGUGAACCCACCAGCCUGGAGCAGCCCAUUGCAACGGAGGAUGCCUUAGAAAUGGAGAUUCUGAGCGACAGCAAGCGGCUCUAUGAAGAGUUUGAUGAAAAUCGCGAACAGGUCAUGAAGCGCUCCCGCGACGUAGUGAAAGCGGCAAAGAACGCCAUCUACGCGCUCCAACGUGAAGAUUGGAAACGGGCGGAUUCUCAAAUACAGCUGUGUGCUGACCAGGCAAAUGCAAUCUACGCAGACUUUGCGUGCAAUUCUCCCACGCUCAGAUUGGGCUUCUUUAGUGGAGCUCUGGAGGAAAUGGCGGAGGCUUUGGCUUAUCGAGCUUUUCGUGCUGAUGGGAAGCUGUUAAGCUUGGAUGACAUGCAGGGCGUUAGCGGCCUGCAGUUCCCGUUGCUGUUGAUGGAAUACCUCGGGGGCAUCAUGGACCUCACAGGAGAAGUUGGUCGAUUGGCGAUUCGUUCUGCCGGUCAAGGGCGCGAUGGUGAGGAGAACAUCAAGAGCUGUUUGACAUGUGUGGAGGCUGUCUAUGAUGGAGUCUCCAUCUUGCCGUACCUGCCUGGAAGCCUUUCAAAGAAGAUCGGGCCCUUGAAGGGUACUUUGAACAAAAUCGAGCAGGUACUAUAUGAGCUGGCACUCCUGUCACGAGGCUCAGCCUUUGCGCCCAAGAUGCAAGAUGAAAUAGAUUCAGCGAGCUAAAAAAACAGAAAUCAAAUAACAACUGGAUGCUGACUUCACAA